AUGGAAGGUCUCAUCGUUCGUGGCACAGAAAGCGGUGCCGGAGAUAACAAGAUAAAAGGAGGGAAAAUAGCAAAGGGAUCUUCAAUUGGAAGCACCUCGAGGAAGAGGCUUGCUGAUAUAAGCAACUUGCUGCAUCAGCAGCCUAAACCAGCAAUCCAACAGGUGAAGCAGCAAUUUGACUCACUUACAAAUAAAGAGUAUGUUGACAAUCUACAGAAGGAAAAUGGGACACUGAUGAAACUUCUUGCUGACAGAAACAAAAUCAUUGAAUUGAGCAGAAUAGAGUUACAGAGCUUGAGAAUCAAUCUGCAAAAAGUACAGCAACAGAAUUUGCAACUUGCCCAAGCAAAUAGCCAGAUGUUAGGGGAACUCAAUUUAGGUAAAGAUAGGUUAAAGGCACUCCAGCACGAACUUGCAUGCAGAAAUGGUUUGCUCAAAGUGAGAAAACUGGAGGCUGAGGAGAGAGAGAAAAGAGGAACAUGCCAAAAUACAGAAAAUGAGGUAUAUUCAGCUAAGUAUGCUGAGGCAGGGGAGUCCUUGCAAGCAGACAAGGAGAAUGGGCCUUGUACCAAAAGGGAACGACAACCAAACAAUCUGCCUUUGGGCACUCCUACUGUUGAAGUAGGCCAAGUUAAAGAGAAGGCUGACAACAAAAGACGUUUGAGAAGGCAGUCUGCAAGGUUUAAAACUGAAGAACGGGAAGCAACUGUAGAUUUGUUUGAGACCAAUGGUGAAAAAGUUCCUGUCUCUCCUCUAUGUGAUAAUGUGGUUCGUGAAAGUGGUCCAAUAUGUUCAUUAGUGGAAAAAAAAGAUCCUACUAUUGAAGCAAUCCAAGCUAAAGAGAAGCCUGGCAACAAAAGACGUUUGACAAGGCAAUCUGCGAGGUUUAAAACUGAAGAACGGGAGGCAACUGAAGAAUUGUUUGAAACCAACGGCGACAAAUUUCCUGUCUAUCCUCUACAUGAUAACGUGGUUCAUGAAAGUGGUCCAACAUGUUCAUUACUAGAAAAAGAAACUCCUACUAUUGAAGCAGUCCAAGCUAAGGAGAAGCCUGAAAACAAAAGACGUUUGACAAGGCAGUCUGCAAGGUUUAAAACUGAAGAACAGGAAGCAACUGAAGACUCGGUUGAGACCAACGGCGACAAAUUUCCUGUCUCUCUAUGUGAUAAUGUGGUUCAUGAAAAUGGUCCAACAUGUUCUUCAGUGGAAAAAGAGGACGAAGGAUACAGUGCCCCAAGAUCUGAAGGUCAGGAAUGUCGAAGAUCAUCUACAAGGCCACUGCGACGAGCAGCUGAGAAGAUCACGUCAUACAAGGAAAUUUCAAUUAAAGUGAAGAUGCGGAGAGAUUUCUGA